AUGACCGAGACUACUGCCUCUAAGAACCAACAGUUCUUCAAUGAGCAGGCAUCGUCCUACGACACCCGGCAUCAGAAGACCAUUGAUCAAUUGAUUGCGCAUAUCCAGAAGCGCAAGGACUUCAUCGGCGCCCGCUGGGUUGCAGACGACGAUGAGAAUGAUGAUGGGUCCCACGCGGACGGGAAACCCGUGAGGUUCCUUGACUAUGCUUGUGGGACUGGGUUAGUUUCCAGGGCGCUUGCCCCUUAUACAACCCAGUGCGUGGGUAUCGACAUCUCGGAGAACAUGGUAGCGUCUUAUAACGCACGCGCCCAGAACCAGGGCCUUAGCAAGGAUGAAAUGCACGCCUACCAAGGCAACCUCCUCAACAAAGAAGACCCUAACCCAUCCUCCCUCUCCUCCGCCGAUCUCUUCAACUUUGACGUCGCCGCCGUCGGCCUCGGAGCCCACCACUUCGAGGACCCCGACUUCGCGGCCCGCCAGAUCGCGGCCCGGCUCCGCCCCGGCGGCGUGUUCUUCAUCGUCGACUUCCUACCUCACGAUCACGUCGACGGACACGCGCACAAGGCGGCGCACACGGUGACGCAUCACGGGUUCUCGGAGGAGAGGGUCCGGGAGAUGUUUACUGCCGCCGGAGUUGGGAAGGGGUUUGCCAUGGUAGAGAUGGGGAGCGGGGUUGUUUUUGCGGGGAUGGGGAAGGAUGGGAAGGAGAUGGAGAGGAGGGUUUUUCUUGCGAGGGGGGAGAAGGAGAGUGGUAGCUGCCUUUAA